ACAGAUUAUAGGACGGACGGCAAUGGCACAUUUGAGCGUUACAAAUGAGUAGUAAAAAUUAAUUGCUUUCGAGCCAUAUUUUACGUUUAUUUAUUUAUUUUUCAUUAUUUUUAAAUAUGAUUGUUUGUAGCAUAGCUGUUAUAUGCAACUGUUACUAACAUUCAAUCACGCAGUGGCUCUUUCAUGUAAUGACUUCUGAAUGUCGUAUAAAGUCAACUAAGAUUCAUCCCCAUUGCUCAUUACAGUCAAGUGAACGUCAUUCUACUGCUCUGGUCACAAGAGCUACUCUGACCAAAUGGCUGUGUCAAGGAGAGCAUUUUAUGGUGUCAUUCACAGGCGGACACUGUUAUUUCCAUCCACUCUCAAAUGUUCAGCUAUACUGAGCACCAGGAGCAUCUAUGAGCGAGAUUACCGCAGACCGGGUCAGCCCCCAGACACCCGUUGGCCUUGGCAAAAGAUACACUUUGAUUUCUCCAAAGGUGUGGAGGGUAUCAAGAAGCACAUUGGGUUGUUGAAGGAUGAAUUUGUCCAGCGCUGGACUGGACCGGAAGGAAGGCCUUUACUAGAGCACAUGCUGGAACAGACUCGUGUCCAGUGGGAGUUCCGUGGGCCGGAGAGUCUCGAUCAGUGGGUCGUGUCAUCUGAUCAGGAGAUUGGGGGCCACAGUGUGGCAUACAUCAAACUGGGAAAGAACAACACCACAUGUUUUCUGUAUGGAACUUUGUGCUCCGCGCCUCCCCGUGAUGGAGAGACUCGAUACAGUGGAUAUUGCACUCUGCGCUCCAAACAACCAUUGGCCUCAUUUGACAGAAAAAAGAACUACGACUGGUCAAGUUUCAACACAUUACAUAUGCGUAUCCGGGGAGAUGGAAGACCGUGGAUGGUAAACGUGUCCGCUGAGACCUUCUUUUCUCAUCAGAGAGAUGACAUCUACAGUUACUUCCUCUACACUAGAGGGGGACCCUACUGGCAGGAUGUUAAGAUACCUUUCUCCAAGUUUUUCCUUUCCAGUCGUGGAAGAAUACAGGAUAACCAGCAUGUCCUCUGGUUAGAUAAGGUAAAGAGUAUUGGUUUUACAUUGGGGGACAAAGCAGACGGCCCAUUUCAGCUGGAGAUUGACUUCAUUGGUCUGUGUAACGACCUUGCCCACACAGAGGAGUUUGCAUAUGAGCUUUACAAGAGAAACCCUGAGGUCUAAUUGGAUUAAAGAGGAUUCAGCAAUCACAGAUAACAAACACGGUGUUUUAUUAAUAAAAACUUUGAGGGGGAAAAAAGA